AUGGUUCAGAAAGACCUGCGCAGCAUAAAACAGCAGAAGAAAGAAGAAGUCCCUGCUCGCCUCUUCCCCGAUUCCCAAAAUCCGAUUGGACCGAAGCUAACUCUCUUCUCUCAUCCUAAACCAAGCUUUGCUUUCAGAAGAAAACUUAGAUGGAGUCUCGCUGUGACAAAUGCUGAGGGAGGUGGCAACUCAUCUUAUACGGCAAACCAGAAUUUACAGAGCACCGCAACCCGUUCAUCUCCUUCCAGCAAUGACCAAAUUGUUUUUGUCGGCGAGGAAAGCGUUACUAUGGAAGGUGUGAUUCGGUUCGAUAAACACGAUGAGUCUUCGCAAUUGAAUAAAUGGGGUUGUGUUGCUCUGCUUGCUGGUGGGGAUGUUUUAGCUUUACUCUUGAUCGGUGCUAUUGGAAGAUUUAACAAUGGGCUUUGUUAUGAAGAGAGAAAGGAAGAAGAACGAAGAAGAAAAUGGAAGAACAGAAGUUGA